AUGACGAACAAUGCCUCACAAGGGGCCUGCAAUUCAACAACACUGAAUCAAGCCAUUUCCAGGAUUUCUAAAUCUGUAGACACCCUGACUAACCAACUGUCCUGUGAGGGAGGGAACAACCAGAGCUUUCCUGAAGAGAAGGUCAACGUGCUGCAACAAGACCUCAGACGGAUUAUGAAAUUGGCCUUAAAAGUCUUCCUUCACUUGGGCACCAAUGAAUCAAAGUCUGAGGUCCUGGAUGUCUUUGGAGCUUUGAACAGUCUCAACAGUGAUAACGAUCAAAAUGUGCACUUCAUCCGCCUGUGGUUCAACGUCCAGCUGGUACCUCUUUUACCCCACAUUACCGGAGACUUCCUGUCCCUGUUGAGCACAAGAGACUUCAGCUGCAGCUCCUAUCAGCUGGAGGUUUUGAAAAUCCUUUCACCAAACCAGAAAGCUGAAUUGAUACUGGACCCAAGCACUGGCGCUCUGGAGAAUGAGACUCUUGUGAAGAACGUUUUCAUCAGCUUGCUGGAUUCUCCAAGGGAAGAGCAGCUCAAUGAGUUCUUUGUGACUUUUGUUGAAGUCACCAAGCAGGAUGAAUGGAUGUCCUCUAAGCCAUGA